AUGGCUUCUCAGUGUCAUCAGCUUCGGAUCCUGGUGUGGAAAAAUUGGCUAGGUGUCAAAAGGCAGCCGUUAUGGACUCUUGUCUUGAUUUUAUGGCCAGUCAUUAUUUUCAUCAUUUUGGCUAUUACUCGGACCAAAUUUCCUCCAACAGCAAAACCGACUUGUUACCUUGCACCUCGGAAUCUUCCUAGCACUGGAUUCUUCCCAUUCUUGCAAACACUGCUUUGUGACACAGACUCUAAAUGCAAAGACACACCCUACAGGCCGCUGGAUCUGCUUCGGAGAAAAGGGGUUAAUGAGGCAUUAUUUAAAGACAGUAAGAUUCAGAAAAAGUCAUCCAAGCUGGAGAAGGACAGCGAUUUAUCACACCAGAGCACCCCACUUCCAGAAAGAAGACACACAUCGCUGGCCACAGUAUUUCCUGGUCCAAGUUCUGAUUUGGAAAGUACUGCAACAGGAACUUUUAAUGGCAGUGAACUGCUUACACGGAUUCUUGGUUUGGAAAAGCUCUUAAAGCAAAAUGCCACUUCAGAAGACAUACGGAAAGAAAUAUGUGAGACCUAUCCAGGAUACAAUGCAAAUUAUUCCUUCUCUUGGCUCACUCUAGGAAAAAAUAUUUUUAACAAAUUCUGCCUUUCCAACACGACCCUUUUAGAAUCUUCUCUCCAGGAAUUAAAGAAGCAAUUCUCUCAGCUAUCAAGUGACCCCAACAAUCAGAAGCUCGUGUUUCAGGAACUCGUUAAAGUGCUGUCCUUCUUCUCACAAGUGCAGGAGCAGAGAGCUGUGUGGCAGCUUCUCUCUAGUUUUCCAACUGUGUUUCAGAAUGACACAUCACUAAGCAAUCUAUUUGAUGUACUCCGAAAAGCCAACAGGAUGCUGUUGGUGGUACAGAAGGUUUAUCCACGUGCUGAAACUAACGAAGGCUUCAGAGCUCUCCAGAAGUCUGUUAAACAUCUGCUCUACACUCUGGACUCCCCAGUUCAAGGUGCUGACUCUGAUAAUGGAACACACGGUUGGAGUGAGGAUGAUACACGGACGCUCUCUGCAAGCAGUCUGGCUGGACAGCUCUUGAUUCUGGAAACCUUUGAAGAUGCUCUCUUGAAUAUAUCAUCAAAUAGUCCUUAUUUCCCCUAUUUGUCAUGUGUGAGAAAUGUGACGGAUAAUUUGGCCAGAGGAUCCCCAGAAAAUCUACAACUUCUGCAGUCUACCGUUCAAUUUAAACACUCUUUUCUUCAAAAUGGCUCCUAUGAGGAUUACUUUCCUCCAGUUCCAGAAAUUCUCAAGUCAAAACUUUCACAGCUUCGAAACUUGACAGAACUUCUUUGUGAAUCAGAAACUUUGAACUCAGUAGAGAAAUCAUGCCAGAUCUCUCACAUGAGCUUUGGGAGUCUGUGUAAAGACAAUGAAUUUCAUGUGCAACUUCUCGAAGCAGCAGAACUGGGAACCGAAAUAGCAACCAGCUUACUGUACCAUGACAAUAUUGUAUCUGAAAAACUGAGGGAUUUGCUGACUGGGGAUCCAAGCAAAAUUAGUUUAAACAUGGAUCGGCUCUUGGAACAGGCGUUGCAAAUGAAUUACUUGGAAAAUAUCACUCAGUUAAUACCAACCAUAGAAACCAUACUGCAUGUCAAUAACAGUGCAGAUGCAUCUGAAGAACCAGGUGAUUUCCUUUUUCUGUCUUCUCACACUGCGAUUAUUUCUCGUGUAUUCUGGUUGCAUUCUUGUGACUCUAAUGUCACAAACCCCAAACUAGAAGAUGCCAUGAAGGAAUUCUGCAAGCUUCCCCUUUCAGAGCGAUCCCAGCAGUCUUACCUCAUUGGGCUCACCUUGUUGCAUUACUUGGACAUUUACAACUUCACCUACAAGGUGUUCUUCCCUAGGAAAGAUCAAAAACCCGUCGAAAAGAUGAUAGAACUCUUCAUAAGGCUGAAAGAAAUCCUCAAUCAGCUGGCUUCUGGCACACAUCCGCUGUUGGACAAGAUGAGAUCCCUGAAACAAAUGCACCUGCCCAGAAGUGUUCCACUAACCCAGGAAAUGUACAAAAGCCACCGUAUGAGCAACCCCCAAGGAUCCUUCAGUACCAUCUCACAAGCAUUGUGCUCUCAGGGGAUUACUACCGACUAUUUAACUUCCAUGCUGCCCUCUUCUCAGAAACCAAAAGGCAACCAUACCAAGGAUUUUUUGACUUACAAGCUCACUAAAGAGCAAAUUGCUUCAAAGUAUGGGAUUCCCUUAUAUGCCACACCAUUUUGCUUUUCCCUUUACAAAGACAUUAUCAACAUGCCUGCUGGACCUGUCAUUUGGGCUUUCUUGAAACCAAUGUUGCUGGGAAAGAUUUUAUAUGCACCAUAUAACCCAGUUACAAAAGCUAUCAUGGAAAAGUCUAAUGUAACUCUAAGGCAGCUGGCAGAACUAAGAGAAAAAUCUCAAGAGUGGAUAGAUAAGUCACCAAUCCUCUUUAAUUCCUUCCACCUGUUAAACCAGGCAAUUCCAAUGCUCCAGAAUACUCUAAGGAACCCUUUUGUGCAAGUUUUUGUGAAAUUCUCUGUGGGACUUGAUGCUGUUGAACUCCUGAAGCAGAUAGAUGACCUUGACAUCCUCAGACUGACAUUAGAGAACAACAUUGACAUCAUUGAUCAGCUUAAUACAUUAUCUUCCCUGACUGUAAAUAUUUCCUCUUGUAUACUCUAUGACCGGAUUCAGGGAGCCAACACAGUAGAGGAAAUGGAGACAGAAGCAGCAAGUCUCUACAAAAACAAUGAACUCUUUGGAAGUGUUAUUUUUAAGCUUCCUUCUAACAGAAGUUGGCACAGAGGCCAUGACUCUGAAAAUGUCUUUCUUCCUCCUGUCGUAAAAUACACCAUCCGCAUGAGUCUGAAGACCGCCCAGACGACAAGAAGCAUCAGAACCAAGAUUUGGGCUCCAGGGCCACACAAUUCUCCAUCACACAACCAGAUCUAUGGCAGGGCCUUCAUUUAUUUACAAGAUAGUAUUGAACGAGCCAUCAUUGAACUGCAAACAGGAAGGAACUCGCAAGAAAUAGCUGUUCAGGUUCAAGCAAUUCCUUAUCCUUGCUUCAUGAAAGACAACUUCCUAACCAGUGUCUCUUAUUCUCUUCCAAUUGUGCUCAUGGUUGCCUGGGUGGUAUUUAUAGCUGCCUUUGUAAAAAAGCUUGUUUAUGAGAAAGACCUUCGGCUUCAUGAGUACAUGAAGAUGAUGGGCGUGAACUCCUGUAGCCAUUUCUUUGCCUGGCUUAUAGAGAGUGUUGGAUUUUUACUGGUUACCAUCGCAAUCCUCAUUGUCAUACUCAAGUUUGGCAAUAUUCUUCCUAAGACAAAUGGGUUCAUUUUGUUCCUGUAUUUUUCGGACUAUAGCUUUUCUGUCAUUGCCAUGAGUUACCUUAUCAGUGUCUUCUUCAACAACACGAACAUUGCCGCUCUGAUUGGAAGCCUCAUCUACGUCAUUGCCUUCUUUCCAUUUAUUGUUAUGGUUACAAUUGAGGAUGAAUUAAGUUAUGUGAUAAAGGUGUUCAUGAGCCUGCUGUCCCCAACAGCGUUCAGCUACGCAAGCCAAUACAUUGCACGAUAUGAAGAACAAGGCGUUGGUCUUCAGUGGGAAAACAUGUAUAGCUCCCCGGUCCGGGGUGAUACCACCUCAUUUGGUUGGCUGUGCUGUUUCAUCCUAGCUGAUUCUUUCAUUUAUUUCCUUAUUGCUUGGUAUGUCAGGAAUGUUUUCCCAGGGACGUAUGGUAUGGCAGCUCCAUGGUAUUUUCCAGUCCUUCCUUCCUAUUGGAAAGAGCGGUUUGGGUGCGCAGAGGUGAAGCAUGAGAAAAGCAAUGGCCUCAUGUUUACUAACAUCAUGAUGCAGAACACCAACCCAUCUUCCAGUAAGACAAGUCCUGAAUCUGUGUUUCCCUCCAACAUUGAACCUGAACCUAAGGAUCUUCCAAUUGGAGUUGCCCUGCAUGGGGUCACAAAGGUCUAUGGCUCAAAAGUUGCUGUGGAUAAUCUCAAUCUGAACUUUUAUGAAGGGCAUAUUACCUCACUGCUGGGACCCAAUGGAGCUGGGAAAACUACUACCAUAUCCAUGCUGACUGGGCUGUUUGGUACCUCAGCAGGUACCAUUUUUGUGUAUGGAAAAGACACCAAGACAGACCUGAACACUGUUCGGAAGAACAUGGGUGUCUGCAUGCAGCAUGAUGUGUUGUUCAGUUACCUCACUACGAAGGAGCACCUUCUCUUAUACGGCUCCAUAAAAGUUCCUCAGUGGACCAAAAAGCAGCUCCAUGAAGAAGUGAAGAGGACUUUGAAAGAUACUGGGCUCUAUAGCCAUCGUCAUAAGAGAGUUGGAACACUGUCAGGAGGGAUGAAGAGGAAGUUAUCGAUAUCCAUAGCACUCAUUGGUGGAUCAAGGGUGGUCAUUUUGGAUGAACCAUCCACUGGAGUUGACCCAUGCUCUCGUCGAAGUAUAUGGGAUGUCAUAUCCAAGAACAAAGCUGCCAGAACAAUCAUUCUGUCGACACACCACUUGGAUGAGGCUGAAGUGCUAAGCGAUCGCAUUGCCUUCUUGGAACAGGGCGGACUGCGGUGCUGCGGGUCACCAUUCUACCUCAAGGAGGCAUUUGGGGAUGGGUACCACCUGACACUCACCAAGAAGAAGAGCCCAAAUUUAGAUGCAAACAGAGUCUGUGACACAAUGGCUGUGACAACGAUGAUCCGUUCACACCUCCCUGAUGCCUACCUCAAGGAAGAUAUUGGGGGAGAGCUUGUAUAUGUGCUUCCUCCAUUUAGUACCAAAGUCUCAGGAGCCUACCUGUCUCUCUUAAGAGCCCUGGACCAGGGCAUGGGUGACCUCAACAUUGGCUGCUAUGGCAUUUCAGACACCACUGUUGAAGAGGUAUUUCUGAACUUGACUAAGGAGUCACAGACAAGCAGGAACAUGAGUCUGGAACACUUGACACAGAGGAAAAUUGGGAAUGCCACUCUCAAUGGCACCUCAACUCCGGACGAUCUGUCUGUGACCAGCAGCAACUUCACAGACAGAGAUGACAAAGUCCUGACCAGCAGUGAGAGGCUGGAUGGCUUUGGACUGCUGCUGAAGAAGAUAAUGGCUAUUCUCAUCAAGAGGUUCCACCACACUCGCAGGAACUGGAAAGGCCUCAUUGCUCAGGUGGUCCUCCCCAUUGUCUUCGUAACCACUGCCAUGGGCCUUGGCACGCUGAGAGAUUCGAGCAACAGUUACCCAGAGAUCCAGAUCUCCCCUUCUCUUUAUGGCACCUCAGAACAGACAGCAUUUUAUGCGAAUUUUGACCCAAGCACAAAACCACUGGUCUCGACACUAUGGAACUUCCCUGGGAUUGACAAUAUAUGUUUGAACAACAGUGACUCACGGUGCCUACAUAAAAAUGUCCUGGAAAGAUGGAACACUACUGGAGAGCCUAUCAAUAAUUUUGGAGUUUGCUCCUGCUCAGAAAAUGUCCAGGAUUGUCCUAAAUUUAGCUAUUCUCCACCUCAUAGAAGAAUUUAUUCAUCUCAAGUAAUUUACAACCUCACUGGGCACCAUAUGGAAAACUACCUUAUAUCAACUGCAAAUGACUUUGUCCAAAGAAGAUAUGGAGGUUGGAGUUUUGGGAUGCAUUUGACUAAUGACCUCCGUUUUGAUAUAACAGCAGUUCCUAUCAACAGAACACUUGCCAAGGUAUGGUAUGAUCCAGAAGGCUAUCACUCCCUUCCAGCUUACCUCAACAGCUUGAACAAUUUCCUGUUACGGGUUAACAUGUCCAAAGAUGAUGCUGCCCAACAUGGUAUCAUCAUGUAUAGCCACCCUUAUCCAGGUGUGCAAGAUCAAGAACAAGCCACAAUCAGCAGUUUAAUUGAUGUUUUGGUGGCACUGUCCAUAUUGAUGGGCUAUUCUGUCACUACGGCCAGUUUUGUCACAUAUGUUGUAAGAGAACAUCAGACCAAAGCCAAGCAGCUGCAGCAUAUUUCAGGCAUCGGGGUGACAUGUUACUGGGUGACAAACUUCAUUUACGACAUGGUCUUCUACUUGGUUCCAGUAGCAUUUUCCAUUGGUGUCAUAGCAAUUUUCAAGCUACCUGCCUUCUACAAUGAAAGCAACUUAGGCGCUGUAUCUCUCCUACUUCUUCUGUUUGGGUAUGCAACUUUUUCUUGGAUGUACUUGCUGGCUGGUCUCUUCCACGAGACAGGAAUGGCUUUUAUCACUUACGUUUGUGUCAACCUGUUUUUUGGCAUCAAUUCCAUUGUUUCCCUGUCCGUGGUAUACUUUCUUUCCAAGGAAAAACCAAAUGAUCCUACUUUAGAACUUAUUUCUGAAACCCUCAAGAGAAUUUUCCUGAUAUUUCCACAAUUCUGUUUCGGCUAUGGUUUAAUUGAACUUUCCCAACAACAAGCAGUCUUGGAUUUCCUAAAAGCAUAUGGAGUCAACUACCCAAGUGAAACAUUUGAAAUGAAUAAGCUGGGUGCAAUGUUUGUAGCUUUGGUUUCUCAGGGCACCAUGUUUUUUUUGUUGCGUCUCUUAAUCAACGAGUCAUUAAUUAAGAAGCUCAGACUCUUCUUCAGAAAAUUUACAUCUUCUCCUGUAACGGAGACAAUAGAUGAAGACGAAGAUGUACGGACUGAGCGACUGAGAGUUGAGAGUGGGGCAGCUGAGUUUGACCUGGUCCAACUCCAUCGUCUCACAAAGACCUACCAACUUAUCCACAAAAAGAUCAUAGCUGUAAACAACAUCAGCCUGGGGAUACCUGCUGGAGAGUGCUUUGGCCUUCUUGGGGUGAAUGGAGCUGGGAAGACCACGAUAUUCAAGAUGUUGACUGGAGAUAUCAUUCCUUCAAGUGGAAACAUUCUGAUCCGAAAUAAGACAGGGUCCCUGGGUCACAUGGAAUCUCACAGUUCCUUAGUUGGCUACUGCCCUCAGGAAGAUGCCUUAGACGACCUGGUAUCUGUGGAAGAACAUUUGUAUUUCUAUGCCAGGGUACAUGGAAUUCCAGAAAAAGAUAUUAAAGAAACUGUUCAUAAACUCCUCAGGAGACUUCACUUGAUGCCCUACAAGGACAAACCCACUUCUAUGUGCAGCUAUGGCACAAAGAGAAAAUUGUCUACUGCCCUGGCCUUGAUCGGGAAGCCUUCCAUCCUACUCCUGGAUGAGCCGAGCUCCGGAAUGGAUCCUAAGUCAAAACGGCACCUUUGGAAGAUCAUUUCAGAAGAAGUACAGAACAAAUGCUCCGUCAUCCUCACAUCUCACAGCAUGGAAGAAUGUGAAGCUCUCUGUACCAGGCUGGCCAUCAUGGUGAAUGGAAGGUUCCAAUGCAUUGGAUCGCUGCAGCAUAUAAAGAGCAGGUUUGGACGUGGAUUUACUGUCAAGGUUCACUUGAAAAAUAGCAAAGUGAGCAUGGAGACCCUCACGAGGUUCAUGCAAUUACACUUUCCAAAAACAUACUUGAAAGAUCAGCACCUUAGCAUGCUGGAGUACCAUGUACCAGUUACAGCAGGAGGAGUAGCAAACAUUUUUGAUUUGCUAGAAACCAACAAGACGGCUUUAAAUAUCACAAAUUUCCUUGUGAGUCAGACCACUCUGGAAGAGGUUUUCAUCAACUUUGCCAAAGAUCAAAAGUGCUAUGAAAAUGCUGAUACCAGUAGCCAAGGUUCCAGCAUCAGUGUAGACUCACAAGAUGACCGGACAGAGUUUUAG